AUGACUCAGCGCACAUUUCCUUCAUCUUCUUCCCCAAUCAACAAAUUCGACGUCUUCAAUUUCGACGACGAAGAAGAAAACAUCGAAAAAGUUUCUCAGAAGAUGAUCGAAAAAUUCAAAAACCCUAAGAAACCCACUUCCCCUCCCAUUUCAAAAUACCAAUUCCUCCAGGCUUUUGCGCGUGGUUCUCAAUCUGAACGUCAAUCAAAGCACUUUCCUGUUGAGCCAAUUGAUCUCGAUGAUGACUUAGAUGAUGAUGAAGAAGAAGGCAAAUUCACAGCGAAGGAAGCUUUCAACAAACCGUUAGUGGUUGACGAUGAGGAAGUUGAGGAGGAUGGCAAUGUUGAGGAUGAGGAUGUUGAAGAUGACGAUGUGGAUGUCGAGGAUGAUGAUGACGUUGAGGACGACGAUACUUGUAUUGAUAAUCAAGCCAAAAAUGCUAAUGCAUGUUCAAUUGAUUCGUCGUCACUGCAAUAUUUUGCAGAUAAAGAUAACAAUGGUUAUGCUGAUUUUGAAGAUAGCUAUUUUGAUUUGAAAAAUCAGUCACUUCAUGCACUUUCUGAUGCUGAGGACGAAGAUGAUGAUGAUAGUAGUGAAAUGAGUGUGUCUUCUAAUUCUACUUUUGAUCCUUCGAACUUUGAAGAUUGCUUUGAAGACGAGUUAGUGAAGGCCGACUCUAUUGCAUUUAAAAUUGAUGACAUAAAAAAGGUGGUUGAUGUCCUCCCUGAUUUUAUUCAAUAUGAGGAGUUAUAUUCCACCAGUUCUCGAUUAAUAUUCACAUGCAACUCCCUUAAACUUGAAGGCCCAGCAAACAAUCAAACUGGGAAAGCUUUUAAAGUUGAGUGGGAAACUGGAGAUAUUAUAAAAAUUGAAUCACGUUGGAUUGAAAAGAUUGAAACAGCAUUGAUCAACCUUUUCCUUAGAUCAAAAGAUUCUGAAGAAGUUGGCAUUACAAAUGAAAAACCAGGCUUUAAGCUGUUGAAAUUUGCAGUUUAUGAUUCAUGUUGGUCCAGGGCUGAGGAGGCUAUCAAAUUAUUGGAUACGAGAUACACAAAUAUCUGGAGUACAGUUUUUGACACUGAUAUAGAUAACUAUGGAAAUAGUUCUGCAUCGGGACAGGGUAGUUUGUUCUCUCAGAGGGGUUAUUUUCCCAGUUUUGAUGAAUCAUUUGAAGAGGUUAUUUAUCCGAAGGGGGAACCUGAUGCUGUUUCCAUUAGUAAGAGAGAUGUUGCACUUUUAGAGCCAGAGACAUUCCUCAAUGACACUAUCAUUGACUUUUAUAUCAAGUAUUUGAAAAACAAACUCUCCACUGAUGAGCAGAAGAGAGCAGCUUUUCAACGCGUACGUAAAUGGACAAGGAAAGUUAACCUUUUUGAAAAGGAUUAUAUCGUGAUUCCCGUAAACUACAGUCUACACUGGAGUUUGAUUGUCAUAUGUCAUCCUGGGGAAGUGCCAUGCUUCAGAGAUGAAGAAAUUAAAGAAUAUUCCAAAGUACCUUGCAUCUUGCACAUGGACUCCCUAAAAGGACAUCAUAAAGGUCUUAAGAAUGUUAUCCAAAGCUACCUGUGUGAAGAAUGGAAAGAGAGACACCCCAAUAUGGUGGAUGACGUUUCUCCGAAGUUUUUACAGCUGCGGUUCAUCUCACUGGAGCUUCCUCAGCAGGGAGACUUGUAUGAUUGUGGUCUGUUUUUGCUUCACUACGUGGAACGUUUUCUGGAGAAAGCUCCUAUCAGAUUUAACCCUUUCAAUAUAACAAAGUACUCCAAUUUUUUGACUAGAAACUGGUUCCCUCCGGUUGAGGCUUCUCUGAAACGAUCUCAUAUACGGAACUUAAUUUAUGAUAUAUUUGAAAAUAGCUCUUUGCAAGCUCCCCCUGUUGAUUGCCAUGGCAAAGGUCCUCUCUCGUCAGUGUCUGACAUUAUUGAGUACAGAGCAGAAGCAGGUUCCUCUGGAGCAAGCUGUUAUCCUAUUAUGUGGCAUGGGAAUCCUUCUAAUGGCUCUACUGAGACUGAUAUUCAGUUCCCAAUUGUUUCACCCAUAAGAGCUGCACCAUGGGUGAGGGAACCUGAAAUUAUUUUCAAGGAUUUGCAAGUACCAGCUGUAUCUCCACAUUUCGAUUGUCGGCAGAUGUCAGUGUCUCAUCAAAGAGGAUUCAUGUCACCAAUAGAGGAAACUGAAGAGUUUGGUGAUGAAAAUGCUAUAUCAAUAGUGAGAACAAAUUCUCAAGUAGGCAUUUUAGCAUCGGAUUUCCCAUCCACAUCUUAUACAGGUAAAGAUCAUAGAGAUCCAGAAACAACACAGCAGGGAUUCUCUAUGAAUUUUGUGGAAUCUGUCGAGGACCUUUCAUAUUCAAAAACUACUAGUAUACCUUGGGACAGAUUGGAUUCAGGUGUUCUUGAAGAUCAGCCUCUAGAGAAAAUUGAGGAGUCUAACAUUCCAAACAAGAUAGCACUUGAGGAGGUUGCAGACUCUGUUCUUGAUUCUCAAGAUUCAAAUGAUGGGCAUGAGAUUGAUGCGUGUGUGAAAUCAAGUUCCUCACUCGGAGAAAAUUUAAAUUCUGUCACCCAUCAAAUAUUGGACUUUGCUCAGAAUACUACUAGUGUUGGGGAUGAUAGUCUACUUGGCAAGAGAGAGCCACUAACAAUCGAACCUCAGGAACAUGAUGAUAAAAGACGGAAGCUUAUGGAUGAAACAUGUGGUCCAAGUCGACGAUUCACAAGGAGGAUGUUGAAAGAACCAUGUUUAAUCUAA